AUGACGCCCCCAUCAAACCCGUCUACCACACAGAAAGACACAGACGACGAUUACGCACUCGCCCUCGACCGUCUCGCCCAGCUCCAAUCCAACCGUGCCAUCACGGCCCUUUUUGAACCAAAACCCAUCACUUCCACUGACAGCAAAAAUGCCGGCAAACCAGCCGACCUCAACGCCCUCGCGAUCCCGGAAAUGCUCGCCUGGUUGCAGAGGGCGGGCUACACGCCUGCUUCGCUAGCUGCGGAUUCGCCGUUGCGCGUGGUGCAUGUGGCUGGGACCAAGGGGAAGGGGAGUGUGAGUGCGUUGGUGGCGGGGGUGUUGGGGGAGUAUCCUCCUGCCAAGGUGUCGUCUUCUUCUUCUGGGUUCGGGUCUGAAGAAGAACUACCAGCCCAAGUCGGCCUCUACACCUCCCCACACGUCCUCUCUCACCGGGAACGCAUCGCCCUCAACAACACCCCCAUCUCCCGCGCCAAAUUCGCCCGCUACGUCAACCAAGUCUGGGACCGCCUCACCGAUGCCGCGCGCCAGGAAGCCGCCCUCGCCUCCUCUUCCUCAAACCCAUCAUCAGUAUCAGUCCCCAUCUCCGAAUCCGACCUCGCCGGCCCAGCCACAAAACCCUUCUACUUCCGCUUCCUAACCCUCGUCGCGCUGCACGCCUUCGUCCGCGAGGGUCUCACUCACGCCGUGGUAGAAUGUGGUAUUGGCGGGGAAUACGACUCAACCAACAUCUUCGCCCCUGAAUCCGUGACGGCCACAGUAGUCACCCAGCUGGGGCUAGACCACGUCGGCAUGCUGGGGGACACGGUAGCCAAGAUUGCGUGGCAUAAGAGCGGGGUGUUCAAGCCCGGCGUGAAAGCGUUUACGCGGCGGUUGUCGGGGAAGGACCAGCAGGGUGUGAUGGAGGUCUUGCGUCAGCGAGCGCGGGAAAGGGGGGCGGAGCUUGUGGAGGUGGGGGAUGAGGAGGUGGAGAAAUGGGGAGGGGUGGCGGGUGCGAGGUUGGAGGGCCCGUUUCAGAAGUAUAAUAUGGCGUUGGCGGUGUAUGCGGCGAGGGAGCAUUUGGUGAGGUGUGGGGUUGAGUUUGAGGGGCGGUUUGGGACGGAUAGGUGGGAGUUGGGGGAUAUUCCGGAGGGGUUUGUGCGUGGGCUGAGGAAGGCGUCGUUGAGGGGGCGGUGUGAGGUUGUGAGGGAGGAGGUUGGAGAUGGGAACGGGGCGGUUGUCAUUAACUGGCAUGUUGAUGGGGCGCACACGGAUGAUAGUUUGGCGGGGGUUGGAAAAUGGUUUGCGGAGAGGACAAGGAGAGUUGAUGGGGAUGGUGAUGGUGAAGGCAAAACGGAGAGAGUGUUGGUGUUCAACCAGCAGGAGAGGGAUCCGGGUCCGUUGUUGAAGGCGCUGCUUUCAGGGGCUGGUCAGGGCUUGUUUAACCACGCCAUCUUCACACGGAACGAAGAGACCCCCCCAACAGGCAAUGGCCAGGUCGACUUGGCCAAGCAGACCACGGCUCAACAGACCAUGAACGAGGUCGAUACCACCGCACACACCUCGGUCCAAGACUCCGUCCAAGGCACGGUCGAGCAAGUCCGGCGCAUCGCGGCUGAGGCUGAGAAGAACGCAAAGACGUGUGAUGUUCUAGUCACCGGCAGCUUCCAUCUAGUGGGCGCCGUGCUGAGAACCAUUGACCAUGUUGAAUGCUAG